UCUGUUAAAUGUCCGUCACUUUUUCCUAACCAACAUUCGGAUUUCCAUCUGUACAGUGAUGUUAGUGUUUCAAACGGAUUGUUGACAUGUAAGUGUCAAAACUGCACCAGUUUUCAUUACUACCGGUGUACUUCCGUAAACAUUACAGUUUCACCCACGAAAUACAAGCCAGAAUCAUAAUAAAAUCGUAUCCAAUUGAAAUCAGCAUCUAAUUCAGUGACACGACGAAUACAUUUCAACCAAUUCUUCUACAGUUCUGUGAUGCGUUAGAUAACAAAGAAUUGUUGAAAGAUGAUUUUAGCCAGGAAAACUCGAUACAUCCGGAUUGCCGUCGUCCUGUUCAUAUUACUGCCUAUACUAUAUUUACUGACCACCAAGUCGAGGACUGUUCUCAAUGAUCUUCCAAGCGCGGCGCACGCUCGAAUCAGUCACCGAGAAACCCCGAAACUGGUUGAUGGCUUAGGGAAUCUGGAAGUGCAAAAUGAGAGCGUACGUGCGGGUCCAGGUGAAGAGGGUCAACCGCACCAUCUUCGUCAGGAGCAGCAAAACGAUGCCGACCAAUCUGAAUCGGAAUACGGGAUGAACGUGGCUUGCUCGGAUGAAAUUAGCUUAGACAGAUCUGUUUUAGAUACGCGAUUGCCCGAAUGCAAACAUUGGGAUUAUCCACUGAACUUGCCGACCACCAGCGUGAUCAUCGUAUUUCAUAACGAGGGUUGGUCGGUUCUCCUUCGGACCGUCCAUUCUGUGAUUAACCGUUCGCCAAAGAGUAUGCUGAAAGAAAUCUUGCUCGUGGACGAUUUCAGCGACAAGGAGAAUUUGAAAGGGGAAUUGGAAACGUACAUCGAGAGGUUCAAUGGAAAAGUACGUCUGAUCAGGAACGUGCAGAGAGAAGGUUUGAUUAGGACUCGAUCCAGAGGCGCGAAAGAAGCGACAGGAGAAGUUAUCGUGUUUUUGGAUGCCCAUUGUGAAGUCAAUAAGAAUUGGCUUCCACCUCUUCUAGCGCCGAUCUAUCGAGAUAGUAAAACAAUGACUGUGCCCGUUAUCGAUGGGAUUGAUCAUAAAACAUUCGAAUAUCGACCUGUUUACGGAGACGAUAGACAUUUCCGUGGGAUUUUCGAGUGGGGAAUGUUGUAUAAAGAGAACGAAGUUCCGCAGAGGGAAUUGAAUCGCAGAAAGCAUAACAGCGAACCGUACAAGAGUCCGACUCAUGCUGGUGGUCUGUUCGCUAUCAACCGGCAAUAUUUCUUGGAUCUGGGAGCCUAUGAUGCAGGAUUGUUGGUUUGGGGCGGUGAAAACUUUGAAUUGUCUUUCAAGAUUUGGCAAUGCGGUGGCAGCAUCGAGUGGGUACCUUGCUCACGUGUCGGCCACGUCUAUAGGAGCUUCAUGCCGUACAAUUUCGGAAAACUUGCUCAAAAGAAGAAAGGACCGUUGAUCACAAUCAACUAUAAACGCGUUAUCGAAACUUGGUUCGAUGACAAAUACAAGGAAUAUUUUUACACUAGAGAACCGUUGGCCAGGUUCUUGGAUAUGGGCGAUAUCUCAGAUCAAUUGAAGCUGAAGAACAAGUUGCAGUGUAAAAGUUUCCAAUGGUACAUGGAUAACGUUGCCUACGACGUAUUGGAUAAAUAUCCGGAACUUCCGCCUAACUUGCAUUUCGGCGAGUUGCGAUCGGCAGCUGUGGUUAAGUGUUUGGAUACUUUGGGUCACGCUCCGCCGUCUCUAAUGGCCAUACAACAUUGUCACGGAUUCGGCAAUAAUCAGUUGAUCAGGUUAAAUGCGAAAGGUCAAUUGGGUGUCGGAGAACGAUGCAUUGAAGCCGAUUCGCAAGGCAUCAAAUUGGCUUUCUGCAGAAUGGGAACGAUAGAUGGGCCCUGGCAAUACGACGAAAGUACGCAUACGCUUCUACACAGGGUCCACAAGAAAUGCAUGGCUUUGCAUCCGCAAACCUCUCACCUCAGUUUAAUGCCUUGCGAUAUAAACAAUACCUAUCAGCAAUGGCACUUCAAAGAAAUACAUCCCAGAUGGUAAAUUCCAAAUGUAUACAAGAAGCAAUAAAGACAAUCAAAAUCGAACGUUUAAAGCCGCACUGGAUUUGCAACUUUUCAACAAGAGAAAUGACGUAAUAUAAAAGGAAACUAAAGUAUGUAUAGAUGCUAAAAUAGAUUUUGUAAAUAUAUAUCUGAUAAUAUAAUUAUUUAGGUAAACGUAAUUACUGUAUAUCUAUCUAUAGACUGCCAAAAAUAUAUGUAUGUAUUUCUUAUCAUUUCCACUAGAGAAGCAAUAACAUAUAUGUUUACAUUGCUCAAAAGUUUG